UUUCCCGGCCACCAUGGGAUGUACACUGAGCGCCGAAGAAAGAGCCGCCUUGGAGAGAAGCAAGGCGAUCGAGAAGAACCUCAAGGAGGACGGCAUCAGCGCGGCCAAAGAUGUGAAGCUGCUCUUGCUAGGGGCUGGGGAAUCCGGGAAAAGCACCAUCGUGAAGCAGAUGAAGAUCAUCCACGAAGAUGGCUUCUCUGGUGAAGAUGUGAAGCAGUACAAGCCUGUGGUCUAUAGCAACACUAUCCAGUCACUGGCAGCCAUUGUCCGUGCAAUGGACACUUUGGGCGUGGAAUAUGGAGACAAGGAGAGAAGGGCUGAUGCAAAGAUGGUUUGUGACGUUGUCAGUCGGAUGGAGGACACAGAGCCCUUCUCUCCAGAACUCCUUUCAGCAAUGAUGAGACUUUGGGCAGACUCUGGCCUCCAAGAAUGCUUCAACCGGUCCCGAGAAUAUCAGCUCAACGACUCUGCUCAGUACUACCUAGACAGCUUAGAUCGAAUCGGAGGUGCUGAUUACCAGCCUACAGAGCAAGACAUCCUUCGAACCAGGGUCAAAACAACUGGCAUUGUAGAAACCCAUUUCACGUUCAAAAACCUCCACUUCCGGCUGUUUGAUGUUGGAGGUCAGAGGUCAGAACGUAAGAAAUGGAUCCACUGUUUUGAGGAUGUCACAGCAAUCAUUUUCUGUGUCGCGCUGAGCGGGUAUGACCAAGUGCUCCAUGAAGAUGAAACUACGAACCGCAUGCACGAGUCACUGAAGCUCUUCGAUAGCAUCUGUAACAACAAGUGGUUCACAGAUACCUCCAUCAUUCUUUUCCUCAACAAGAAGGACAUCUUUGAAGAGAAGAUUAAGAAAUCCGCAUUGACUAUCUGCUUUCCAGAUUAUACAGGGCCCAGCUCUUUCACCGAAGCCGUGACUUACAUCCAGUCCCAAUACGAGAGCAAGAAUAAGUCAUCCAGCAAAGAGAUCUAUUCACACAUCACUUGCGCCACCGACACCAACAACAUCCAGUUUGUCUUUGAUGCUGUAACUGAUGUCAUCAUUGCCAACAAUUUGCGUGGCUGUGGACUAUAUUAAAGCCCUCUUCUUUCCUUUCUUCUUCUCCCUUUCUUCUCUUCCUUCCCGUUCAUCCUUUGGGGAAGCAAUCUCAUGGUCAGAUCAACCGGUUUGUUCUCCGUUCCCCCCUCUCAAAUGUUAGGCCUACAACUGUAUUUGAGAUGGAGGAGUCCAGUACCCACUUCAGUAUUCAUGCGGCGGGAAAAAAAGAUGCUGUGAAGGUAACACUGUCACUGUAAAGCUUUGCAUUCACAGGACAGUUUUAUCAUGCAAACAUUGGGGGCAGGGGGAGUGGGGAGGUAGCCUGUUGCCCCUUCUGAAAUGAAGAGGAAGAAACAGAAGAAAAUCCAGCACUUCUUCCCCUUUCCCCUGCUUUUUAAAAAAGGUUUUCUCUGGCUUUCUCUUCAUGCAACAGGAGCCAAUAUUGAAACUAAUGCAAAGGAGGCUUCACCAAGCCCCUCAGUAUAUGUGUUUCAAGAGCCAAGUUGCUAUCAUUAUUUCCUAAGAAGGCAAUCCAAAGCCUUAAGUGUUUGACAUUGAAGGGACAAACUUCAAUGUACUGUGGCAGAUGUGCGGAUACGAUCUCCAGUGGGUUUUUUUUUAAAAAAAAAAACGUGUUAGUGGCGACUUCCGAAGAUGGAGGGGCUGAUUUGGGAAGAGGACUGAAGGCUAGUUCUUUUUGUUGUUCUGUUUCAAUUUUUCAAUUAAUGCCCUCCCCCCCCCCCCGGGCAAAAAAAGAGAAAACACUAAAGCUGCCGUUUGAUCUGUGAGGUAAAACAUACUGGUAUCAGAUAUCUAUAUGUCUUGCUUCACAGAAUAAAUAGCAAAAAAAAAAAUGAAAACGGCUCAGAUUGAGCACCCCUCCAGAGCUGGGUUUUUGUUUUGUUUUUGCCUGUGUCUUCUGCACCAUGUCAUGGACACUUGAAUAGUGCAUUAGUGGCAGAUUUAUAGUGGACUGUCUGCACAUCAUUCUGCUUUAUUAGUUGCUCUGAGAUGCUUUGUGAGUGUUACGAACCCAUUAUUGUCACCCGCCAGGCCAUUCUUGUACUAUAGUGCCAAAAAAAAAGUGUGGGGAAGGGGUGGAGGAACUAGGAGCAUUCAUGGUAUGAAAACUUACAGGAUUUUAGCAGGAAGUGAUGAGGCAUAGCACCCAUUGCAAACAAAGCAAUAUGUACACCCCUGAACCUUUGCAGAAACAAACUAUGUUGAAAGCAAGUUCCUGUAUAACUGCCUAAAGCUUGAUGAUUGCACAUUGAAAAGGAUUCUCAGCCACAUAAACACACAGAUGCACGCAUACCUAUUUACAGAUCUCCCAGUAUCACAUCUGGUUUUGCCCAAAAUACGUAUUGGAGCAUCAUGAAAUGUUGACUCUCCAAAGCAAGCCAACAGGGACCUCCCCAGUUUCCAUCUCUUUUUUUCCUAGUUCCUUAAGAAGGUCAAAAGACAAUAAUGGCAAACACAUUUCUCUUAGAGAUUUUUGCCCCACCCCCACUGCUGCCGCCACCUUUUUUUCUUUUUUCAAGCACAGCCACAAGGAAGAAAGGCAAAUGACAGCUGUUUAUUAUGGGAUCAGUGUCCCUCAAAAAUGCACAUUUGUUUUUUUGUUUGUGCAGCAUUGUUUGCAUCAGAAUGCCAGUCUCUCCCCGCACUCCAUUUAACCUGCAUUUGCCAUUUCUACUUGGAAUCUGAUAAGCUAAAACACAAAACCUGUUGCAAAUAACCCGCCUGUGAUAAUUUCAAUGACCUGCUUGCAAAUUUCGCCCUUGCCUAGAAACUCCCAGCGUGGGCUGUGCUCUAGUUUGGAUUCCAGUGGUAGGGAUCCUUCUCCACAUUUCCUUCUGGGCAGCCUGGGGUGGGGGCACACGCCACUGGUGGGCAGGGACAAAGGCAAAAAUGGUAGAAGCAACACUUGUUAAUUUGACCUUUGUGCAAUAGGCGAAGUUUCUGAAAAUUCACCCACCCUUCUCUAUCCUCCAUCGAGGCACUCAAGAGGCAUUGCCAAAGUUCAAGACUAUAUUCUAAGUGGGCCUGAACUUCCCCAUUCUUAAUGUACCCCACUCAGAUGAUAAGGAAGCCCACAUAGAUCAGCCCUGGGACAUGUUGCAGAGUUCCCUCCAGGGAGCAGAGGUUCUUCUGCAACAGUUUGCCUGGAAGUAGAAAGUUAGAAAAACCCAGAUGCCAAAUGUACCUACAUUGCUAAUAACAGUUUUUACCUCAGUCUUUUGAAAGUAUUCAUCAUCGUUUCAAAUCUGUCUUUGGGGUAGAUUUGCUUUGCUUUGUUUCUAUUUAUAACCCUUUCCACAGUCUUGUGAGGGUUAUGAGGGGCAGCUUGCUGAUAAAUUAUUCUUUCUUAGACAGUCCUCAGCUAUUAAUUGGUAAAAGUGCUUGUGAUCCACCUUGUAGGAAUUGUGUGGUUUCAGUUACGUGUGCUUAGUAAUCAGAUUUAUAGGAGGCGUGGGUUGUGCGGUCUGGGUGCAUGCAUGUUUGCAAGAGGCAGAUUCACACAUUGUGUGUUUGAUCCAGUACAGAGGCCCAGAGACAGCGGUGUUACUGCUAAAUUCUGAAGUGUCCAAAAGUUCAGGCAGCUUUGUUGAUCUAUCGUAUUAUAAGCUCCCCCCCUCCCGGUCAUAGAACAGUGCACUCAUUUCUAUAUUAUUUCCAAAUUGAUUUUUUUUCUGGAAGCAGAUGACACAGAAAUUAGCACUAGGCUUGCAGUACAUUCUACUAUAGUUCUGGGAGUGGCUUUUAUGACAUGUCAAAGCUCAAAUAUAAUGUAGAAGUUAAUAGGGGGGAAUUGUGAAACUGAAUAAACCGCCAUUUGAAUGCAGCCACUGUGUCUUGGUAUCAUGCAGAGGUGAGGGGCUGAGGCCUUCCCCCCCCCCCUUUUCAAGGAGGGACCGGGCAGAUCCUGUGUCUUCAGGUAGCUGCUGCUAUCCUCAACCCCCUUUUCCAGUGCCCUGAUGAGUGCCAGGCAACCAUGAUUGCAAUUGCCUUGAAUGUCCCAGAGGGAUGCUUCAUUGCCUUGGUGCAUUGUGGGCAAGGGUGAGUGAUCAGAACCAGCCCUGCUUAGAGUGGUUGCACUUUUGCUUCAAUAGGGCCAUAAGCAUGCCAAAUCACACAAGAAACAUUGUGAUGUGACACACACUUCCAAGAAUACCAUUUCUCAGUAGCUUGCUGGGAAGUGGGGGACAGUGAGCCUAGUGCAUGGGCAGGCUUAAAGUGAAGAAAUAAACAAUCCAAGGAUGGAAUCAGGUCCAAUGGAAGACAGAGUAGGAUUUGAUCCAGAGCAGAGAGGGGUCAGAUGCAGGACUUGGUGGAGCAGGUGGGCAAGAGACAAGUAGGCAAAGAAGCAAGAUUGGAAGGAGGAAGGAAGGGCCAGGAACUCAAGGAAGGUCUUGUAGGAAGGGCUGGGCAAGGAGAAGAAGAAGUCCAAGGACAGGUUGGUGGGUUUGGAAGUUUCAGGAGGUAGCAUAAGGCACACUCAAUGCACGAGUUAGUCCUCCCUGUUUGGGAGGGACAGGGUUGCAGAGACUGGCAGCAAUUCUCCAGGGUUUCAAGCAGAGGGAAUUCUCAGUGCUACCUGGAGAUGCCAGGGAUUAAUUUCGGAACCUUUGGCUUGGAAAGGAGAUGCUCUGCCACUGAGCUAUGGCCCUUUCAGCUCCGCCUCAUCCCAGGAGUUGUGCAUAGCUUUGCAGAAACCACUCUGGCAUGCUUCCAAGUGUGUUCUCGUUAAGGCUUUCCUCAGCCUUUCAUGAAGCCUUCACCAAAGUUAUCCCUGGCAUUCUUAACAAAGUACACAGUACCUGGGAAGGUAGGUUUCGUUAAAACAGAUGUGUGCUCCCCAAAUGAAAAAAGAACACAUGCUAACGCCUGAAGGCAGUAACUGUACUGUAGACAGAAUGGCAGUAGCUUAGAGGUGGAGCACCUGCUUUGCAUGCCAGAAGACCCAGGUUCAAUCCCCCGCGUCUCCCAGCAAGGCUGGAGAGCCACUGCCAGGCAGUGCAGACCCUAAUAUGCUAGAUGGGGCAGUGGUCCGACUUGGUGUAAGGAGCUCUCUAGGUUCCUAUUUAUCCCUCUUCAGUAGGCAGUGGUAGGUAGAGCCAGGGCCAAUGGAGCUUUGCUCCAUCCUUUCCCCCAUCUCUUUCCCUUUUCCCCCUCUCUCUAUUCCUUCCCUUGAUCUCUCUCUCCUAGCACAGCAGGCUGCCAGGAGGCGGGACAGAUUCUAUUUCUGAACUGAUUGCUUGCAGAGGGCUGGAAAUUAGUCUGAGGGCCGCAUGUGGUCUUCAGAAAUCCUGGGACUGUAGUCAGCAAAUUGUCCUGGGAUCAAGGCUGACCCUUCUUCUCAGCAAGCAGAGUGAAAUGAGGAGGUAGAUGAAGGCAGGAAGUGAAACUUUCUAAAGUGUUGACCUCCACAUAAGGAUUUGGAGCCAUCAUCACUAGGGAUCCCUAAUGAAGAAUUCUCAGCAGCCUCACCAAACUUCAGUUCCCAAGAUUCUUUGAGGGUGAGCCAAGUUGUGGCCAUUAAUGUGGUAUAAAGUCAAUAUGUCAAUAGAACAAGGGGCACCUUCAGUGAUUUGUCUGUUGAUUUCUGGCGAAAUACUAAUACGUUGGGAUUAGUUUUUCAUUAGAUGAAGUUUUCAUACCCAAACUCCAAUGAGUCAUCCACAAAUUGUUCUUGCAGUGUUAUACCAAUGCCCAUGUGGACUUUUCAACUUGGGUUUCCUCUGGAGUGUCAGCAAGCCAAAUGCAGUUUCGGAAUGAUGUGUGGGUAGGUGAAGGUGACAGAAAGAGAGAAAACAAGAAAUAGGAAAAGACCUCAGACUCAAAUACGUAGAUGGGUAAAGGACAUUGGGUCACAGCAACAAUAGUAACCAAGUUGAGCUGAAGCUAAUAUGGACUGAAAUGUGCAUGCCUGAUAUAUGAAUGUGAAAUUUCAAAAUAGAUAUGUUUAUUCUGAUGAGUGAAUUCAAAAAUACAAAUUUCGAGAUGGAAUUGUUUGCAUUCGUUCUAUAACAUUGUCUGAGAGCUCAAGUCCCUAUGUCAUUAUGGAUUAUUGGUAGCAGAAGGUGAGUAAGGCUUGAGAAGCCCUACAUUUCACUGCCAAACCUUGUAGCAAGGCACCAAAAUGUGAGCAUUAAAAGACGGGACUCAAUAUCCCAAACCAUAAUGGGCCUUGAAUCCACGGAGAUGUAGGGAAGAACUCUUGGAUUUCUUCAUCCCACAUUUUCAAAGCAAACUUAUGGGGAAUCCUAGUUGUGCUCAUUUUUAAGAGCACAAAAUCAGGUGGUAAUUGUUAGUAAAGCAAAUGUUGCCUGGAAUAUGCACCUGUACAAGAUUAACAGAGUCCUGAGACCUCUUCUUUAAUCUGCUAUUGCCUUAAUCUCAUGGCAGUUGAACAGGACUUUGAUCUCUCUCUCUCUCUCUCUCUCUCUCUCUCUCUCUCUCUCUCUCUCUCUCUCUCUCUCUCUCUUUCUCUCUGCAAUUAUACAUGAUCAAGCUUUCUUUAGCACCUCAGCCCUUGCUUUUUCCUGCAAGACCAAUUGCAGUCAUUAACAGUCGUUAACAGUCAUCAACAGGUUUACCACUCCUAUCAGCCCAUCACCCAUUCCCAUCACACACACCUCUGACUAUACAUAAGGGUCUGGUGACUUCUGUUUCAGUGUAUCUGAAGAAGUGUGCAUGCACACGAAAGCUCAUACCUAUGACAAACUUAGUUGGUCUCUAAGGUGCUACUGGAAGGAUUUUUUAUUUUUAUUUUGACUGCGUCAGACCAACACGGCUACCUACCUGUAACUAGCAAUAUACUAGUUGCCCUUGUAAAGCUGUGCCACUACUAAAACCAGAUGUGUGUCUGUGUAAUUAAUUUAGUGCCAAAUUUUCAACCAAAAUUCUUCAUGUUACAAUGGCCCUCUACAAGGACUGUUAAUCACCAGUGGAGGCUGAUCUAUGAACAAGGGCGAACGAGGCAGUGCCCACCUGCCCCCACAGCCUCAGUCUGCUCUCAGCCAAGCUGCCUGUCUUUCUAUUUGUGACCAUUGGAACUGCCUGUCAGCUUUCCCCUUCUUAGUCUCAGUGUUGCCCUUGUAGAAUUCAGCCAGGUGGAGGAGAAUGGAGAUAAAACUAUAGUUGACCCCACCUGUCAUUGCCUCUGGCGCCACCUACUGUUGACCUCCCUGCUUUCCUCCCUACCAUCUCAGUAGGCACCAACCGCCUCUGUUAACCACAGAAAUCAUAUUCAUUCCACUCUGCUCUUCCUUUCCUCUUUUCCAUUGGCAGAAUAGAGCGCUGAUGUUCUUGAAAUGGCAAUAACUCAACAUUCAUUACCAAAGUAAAUCCCUUUGUGGGGUCACUUAGAAAAAAACCAGCUUGUUUCUUUAGUGUUUAUGUCUUUUCCAACAUUAAUGUGCCUGUGAGGCUCAGAUUAUGGGUGUAAACAUAGUCUGUGUUUUAAAGUAGUUGAAAUUCUGCAUCCAGUAAAUCCAAUUUCUGCGUCAAGUUAAACUGGACGCCACAAUCUGUAUGAAUUAUGUAAGUUUAGCAUAUGUGCACAGUUUAUUCUAUUAUUUCGCAUAAUGCCUUUUGGAGUUGUCUUUUUAACAACAAGGGAGGGGCAAAGACAUUAAAGCCUUUAAAGUCAUCACCCACGCAUGUUCAAAUUCAAGCAUAUUGUCACAGCCAUAAGAACUAUAAACUUAGUGGUUGGUUGGUUGGUUGGUUUGAAUGAAAGUUGAGUUAGCAGGAUGUAUGUAUCUACCUUAUAUUCAUGGAUAGCAAUUGCACAGCCAUUGUUGUGCAAAUCUGACUGUGAAUUCCUCCUGUGAUACUGAUGUCCCAAUAAUUAUCCUAUGUCCAGAUAAGCAAGAGGACUUAUGGGAGUUCAGGGACACAUUCCAGCGGGGCAAGAAGGUGCAGAGUGAAGCUGAGGAGGGGUGUGGCCUGGAAAAAAAUGGUGCUAUGCCAGAUGAAGCCUGGGGAGAGUCUUGAGGUCCAGAUUGAGAGGCCAGGAGGGCUGCAUUUGGCACACACACACCCCUCAAGCCUAAGGUUCACUACCACUGCCUUAUGAGUUAGCCACUUACCAGAGGACUGAAGCACCUUUCCUAAGAAAGGCUAUGACCUGUGCGGCUUUUUUAUUUAGAAAAAUGGAGGUGGGGGGUGGAUAAACAUUAAAGAAAGAUCUUAGUCAUAGGGUGGUGUUACUGGAUAAAAACGAGUGGGGCCUGUAUGAAAUGUUGCAUUGUAUCCUUCUAAAAGAAAAUUUUAGGGUCCCAACCAGCCAUUCUGGCAAAACAGAGCAUCCCGUGAUCACCUGUGUUUAGUGCUCACGAUCAUUCUUCAUUGAGCUGCUUUCUGUUGGAGAGUUGCCAUCUUAGUUGUUUAUUAUUAUUAUUAUUAUUAUUAUUAUUAUUAUUAUUAUUAUUAUUAUUAUUUGAGAAACCUUGGGAUUCCUCCAAGCAUGCUGACACACAUACACCCCUCUUGUUACUCAGCAGCCUCAUUUAACUACUGUCCUGUCGGCACAUACCACCUGUGUUUGGUACUGGAAGGAUAAAAACUAUUUCCAUUGCCGUCUUGAACCACUGUUUUAAUUCUGUUUUCAGCUGAUGGCAGAAAAGAAAGUUUUGGCAGUAUUCAAGGCCUUAGCGUGGCAGUGACCAGCAAUUUCCAAGCUGGGGGGGGGUUUAUUUUUAAAAAAACAACACACACUAUUAAGUCUUCUUUAGGGGGAAAGGCUAUUGAGAAUAAUUGUAGAAUCUCUGCAGCCUUCUUCUUAGGUUAGAUUGGAGCAGAGGAUUCCCAGUGUUAAAAUCAAUCAUCCAAUUCUAAUAACAUUGCUAAAACAUAGGAUUAGUAUCAUAAACCAUAAGAAGCGCAGUAAAAAAAAGAAAAUCUACUAAGCCAAAGGCAAAACUGGAAAACAGAAGUUGUAUGAAUUGUCUAAAGACUUAGGGUUGUAUCCAGCCCCAGAGCAAUGCUACUUCAGGGCCUUGGAGGCAUUGAGGGGAGGGGAUUAAAAUGGUGGGUGCAAGUAAGCCAUAACCAACUGGGCUUCUGCACUGGGAGGGUGGUGGUUUUCCAUCUUCCUCUGCUGGAGCCUGAGUGGCUGUAGCCAGCGUUUUGAGUCAGCGUUUUGCCAUUGGCAGCUGCCUGACAAUGCUGCCUCCUGACGCCUGGUCUGCUCAGUUACGUUCAUCUUAAUGCGUGAAAUUGACAUAGCACCACAUCAGUAGUAACAGCAAGGUAAUCUCUUUAUUGAAACCCAGUGGAUGGUCACAAAGGACAACUGUGCCGAGCAGUGAGCAAUCUUUCGAAUUUGCUCUUAACUCACCUUUCUUCAGUCCUGGAGCCCCAGGUGGGAUACAUGCAGUCACCCCCAAGCACUGCUUAGGUUCAGCAAGGUGGUGGCCAGCAAUUCUUAAUCAGUCUGGAUGUUAAGCAAAACAAAACAAAACAAAAAAAUCCUCUGUAGGUCUUUGCAGAAAUAAGCUGCAUUGAGUUCAGUGGGUUUGUGUGUGUCUAGGAUGGGGGCCAAGGAGUCUUUCUGAAGUCAAAAGCUCACUCAUUCCUUUGUGACCUUUCUUCAGUUGUCGUAACCGAAGGGAUCGCCAAGCUGCAGCUUUUGGAUUUCUUUUUAUCUUUCUUUUUUUAGUGAGCCAACUCAGCAACCUGCAGUUUUGAUUAUGACUUUGAAGGAGCCUGAUGCAGCAACCUUGUUGAAGCUAAGCAAGCCUAGUUGUGGUUAGUGCCUAGAUGCAAGAUCUCCAAUAUAACUUCCCUUGUGUUCCAGGCAAGCAGGGUCCUAUAUAAGUGAAAUAGAAUAGGGUCGGGGCCGACCCUACCACUAAACAGGGUGUGGCAUCUGCCACAGGGGCAGCCAUGAGGUACUGAAGGACAGAGCUCUGUGUCUUGAAGCCUGCCCUCUGUUCCCUAAGCUGCUUUCGAAGUGUGGUGGAAGAAGCUGCUCCAUCACCAGUGUUGAAGGUAGGGAUGGCUGAAUCGGCCCAUUUCCUUUCUCUUAAGUUUUUCAUUUUUUCCCAUCUCAAAUUCAGUUCUCCACAUUUCUGCAGCAAUUUGAGAUUAAAAAUAACAAAUCCUAAUGAAAAUUCAUCAGCACAGUACAAAUUUCUCCCAAUAAGUAUAUUUUCGUGUGCAGUUUUGACUAAUACACACACUUUUGCAAAUGAUUCCCCUUAAAUAAUUGUUUGUUCAUGUUAUUUUCACUAAUAGAUGCAUUUUUAAUGCAUGUUUUCCCUUAAAAUAUGCAUUUUUAAAAUAUUUUUUGAUUGGAGAACUGAAUCACAAAAUUUGGAGACGCGCCAAUCUCUAAGGAUAUCCAUGUUUCCAAACUCAUAUUAUUAUUUCAGAAAAUGUGAAUUAGAUAGUUUCUCAUUAAAAUGCAAGCAAAAUUGAUUUCCUCCUCCACCUCUAGUGGCUCCUCUGGCUGCUAGUAGCCACCUCCUCUGGCUGCUGCUAGUGGCUCUCCGGGGUCCUUUUCAGAGAGAAUGCUUACUCAUCACCUGCUUCAUGAGAUCAUCGAAACUAGAAAUGCCAGGAACUGAACUUGGGAUCUUUGGCAUGCAGAGCAGGUGCUUGACUGCUGAGCUAGAGUCUCUGGGACAGAGCAGCACUUUCCUUUUGGCAACAGAAGAUGUGUCCAGCCAUUUUGAUGCGUACCAAAUGUGCACUGUGCCAUUUGUGCAUGUGGAAGCCUGUUUCUACAUGCACACAUCUGCCUUGAUGCAUAUGGGGGGGGGGGUUGGCUGUGAACCCUAGGUUUUAUGUGCAGCACAUAAAUAAUACUGCUGCAACUGCUGAAGAACUUGGGGUAGCCUGUCUCCCUCACCCCACCCCAUCCCUCCCACUCUUCUGGGAAUCCUUGUGUUUUGCAGCGCCCCUACCAUGGGUUUAUGGUUCUGCAUCUUAGCCUUAAUUAGUUUAUUUUAAAAGUGUCUCUCCCCCCACCCCCACCCCACCUAAUACAGAGGAUUUCCCUUACAACUAUUUUCUUCUCUGUAGAUUUGGUUCCGUUUUACAACCCAUCGUUUGCAAGAUGACAGCCAGGGUAAUAAAGUAGACGUGCUUUUCACACUACAGUUGUACCUUGGAAGCCGAACGGAAUCUGUUCCGGAAGUCUGUUCAACUUCCAAAAUGUUCAGAAACCAAAGUGUGGCUUCUGAUUGGCUGCAGGAAGCUCCUGAUGCCAAUCGGAAGCCACGGAAGUCCCGUCAGACGUUCGGCUUCCAAAAAUAGUUCGCAGACCGGAACAGUCACUUCCGGGUUUGCAGCGUUCGGAAGCCAAAACGUUUGAGAACUAAACUGUUUGAAAAACCAAGGUAUGACUGUACUUUGUGCUUCUCUUAGAUUUUCCUUUAUGGCUUGGAGAGAUUCUUCAUAUUCAUUCAGUCCUCACUCAUUUAUAGACUCCUCUAAAGAGGGAACCAGGGGUAGGGUAAGGAAGCUUCUUUAGCUUGAGGGACACAUUCCUGUCUGAGGGGUCAUGUGCCAAAGGUGUCGCCAGAGGCCAAAGUGGCCAGACUAACAGGUAUGAGUCUUACCUUUAAACUAUAUUCAAGCCACACAUGCCAGAGAUUUCCACUUUCUCUCACACACAAUUUCUGUCCUUCAUCCUGCCAAGCUAGAGACAUUAUAUUAAGUCACACUCCAGCUGGUCAAAAGCAUUCAAGGAGAGUGUGUAGCAAGGCCAGUGAGGGGUGUUUCCUGAGUGGAAGUGGGUGUGGCUUGGAGAGAGUAUUGGGUGAAGAGGCCUAAGGUUCCCCAUCCCUGAUAUAAACCAGAGUGCACUCUGAGUUGCACCUUGAAGCAGGCUUUCAAGCCAAGACUUCAGUCCCACUGCCUGCAGAUGGAGUCCCUGUCAGAAAAUCAGUCAUGGCACCUAUCAGUUGUUUGAUGGGGGGGAGGGCCUAAACUGGUGGGUUUGCCCAAUUUUUGACCCUGGUUGCACACAUGCACCCCUGGCAACAGUACUGGGGGAUGACCCACAUGCAAAGUUUGCAGACACAGUUCAUCAUCCAGUUAGGACAACCUCCACCAACCUGGUCCGCUCCAGAUGCUUUGGACUACAACUCCCAUCGUCUCCAUCCUGCACUGCUAUAUGAUGCUAGGGCUGAUGGGAGUUGUAGUCCACAAAAUCCAAAGGUUGGGGAAGACUAGGCUAGCUAUACACUUUUAAAAAGCCUGCUUCUCGUGUGCGUGAAUCACUAGAUUGGCACAAACCAUUUUGCCCUUGUCCUAAUGUAACAAUUAGGCUACAUUCUCUAAGCUUGCAUUCCAACCAUCUUUAUACUUGGUCGUCAAUGGCCUUCCACCCUUUUCCCCCCACAGUAGAUUUUUUUAUUUUUUUAGAAAAAUGCUUUAAAUAAAUAAAUACAAGAAUUUUGAAGGGGCCUUGAUGCUUGCUAAAUCCUACUUUUUCUUUGCUGGUUAGUUGCUGGAUCUUGUUUUUAAUUUUUUUUGCACCUUUGAUUGUUCUGAACCAUUAUUAACUGUCAUUUUGUAUGGAGUGCAAAUGACCGUCUGUUGAUUUAAUAGGUCUUUUGAUUCUUAUUGUAAUAAUUUAUUGGCUGUCCGUAAUGUAUUUAUUAGUUACCAAAUGUUAAUAAAAUGCCAGCUCUUUUCUAGCGUU